AUGCCGCCCACCGGCAUGCCGAUGCAGUCCUCCAUGUCACCAGCACCAGCACCCACGACAAUGGAUGACACGCUCGACUUUAGCACCCCUGGCUCUCAAUUCACUAUGGACAAACGCAUGAGGUUACAGCUGCAGAGGAUCUAUUUCGAACAGUUCCACCCACAGUGGCCUCUGUUGCAUCGCGAAGUGUUCGAAACAACUGCGCAACCAAAGCUUCUGAUGCAGGCUGUCAUGGCCGUUGGCUUGUGGUUCGCUGAAUCACAAGAAUUCAGAGACCUCGCCAUCGAGUUCCAUGACCACCUCUUAAUAGAGACUGGAAACAAGCUUGCUACAUUGAUUUCGACGAUCCUCGUGCCAUACCGGGCGGAUAAAUCCAUGGACAACAUUAUGAUGACGCACGCCAUGUUGUUAGAGACGUUCAAGGCCACAGGAGUCUACGAUCAGUCAAAGAUCAACGCGGGAUCGCGACUUUGUGGGCACAACGGCUACCCUUGGGUAUUCAGAGAACUAUACCAGCGGUAA